CAGGACCUUCUCAGAACAUGCCCCGUCUGCAAACCUUCAUUAUCUGUACUCCUUAGUUGUCUUUCGCUCCUUCUUGGAAAACCCCAUCUUCCCCUUUUCUCUAUAUUAUAAAAAUCCCUUUCUUUCCAUUCUCAACCCAAAUCAAUCCAACCCCACUUCUCUCUAAACCCAUCUCAAUGGCCGGAAACAACCAAAUCCCCCAAUCGGAGUCCGGAUUCGAAGAUUGGCUGCCGGAGAUGGCGUGCAAGCUCGGGGGAGAGGGGCUGAUCGGAGAACUCUGCAACGGAUUCAAUCUGCUGAUGGACCCUGAGAAGGGAGUGAUCAAUUUGGAGAGCUUGAAGAGGAAUGCGGCGGCGCUAGGGCUGGGAGAUCACUCCGACGAGGAGCUGAGAAGCAUGUUGAGAGAAGGGGAUUUCGACGGCGACGGCGCUCUCAAUCAGAUGGAAUUUUGUGUUCUUAUGUUCAGAUUAAGUCCGGAGUUGAUGGACGCCUCCCGCUUCUGCUUCCAACAAAGUCUCCGUCCAGACUUUCCCAAUUUUUCUUGAUUUUAUUUAUUAAUUAUUAUUAUUAUUAGUGAAAUAUAUAUAAAAGAAAACACAAAUAAAUUUGCA